AUCCGUGACCAGUGAAUGUGGCCCACUGCUUGUUGGCACCUCGAAGAGCGAGGACGCGUGAACAUAAGGAAUUCGAAAAAGCUCUCCAACAUCCUAUUACGUUCAGCUCUGCUUCCCACCUUAUACACUCGUCAAACCUUGAAUCCCUUGAGGUUGAAUCCGCCGACAAGACUAGGAACCAAAUCGCAAAUAUACAUCGAGAUAGUUUUCUGGAAAGAGGUGCGCGCUAAGCGUGAGAUAGUCGACUCUACUUGCCACCAUUAUUGCUUCAACUCGGAAGUCAAUCUCAAAGCUUUCUCUCCAGUCACACCGACCAGUAAUAGUCUCCUGUGCUCGUUCAUCGUCGCGAGCGAUGGGCUCAGGCGGCGGGCAGGCGACGGGCCAGCGCAAAGGUGUAUGGGAACCUCUCCCGUUAAUCCUCUAUGGUUAUGCAGUUCAUCCACUCUCACCAUCUCGUAGAGACACCAGGCUUUCCAAUCGUACGCGUAUUUCGACCUUUACGGAUGCAUCUGGCGAAGAACAUCUCGUACAUAGAGACGUUGUCUCGCUCGAAGUUGGUGAUGAAGUAUAUGCUUUCGAGAAAUAUACCCCGCGAGACAAGGAUGUAGAAGGUAUUUGGUAUCGAGGCAGUUAUGUUGUUUGCACCUCUCGUCGACCAUCGGUGACCUGGCCGACCACAGCGGACCCAUCUUCCUCUUCUCUGAAAUCACCUGCCAAAGUCGAUGAGAGCCAGCAUCAGCAGGUUUUCAUUGGCAUAUUUCCGGCUUCACAUAUAUUCGUUCGCGACGAGAGUUCCGACGCAGAAGGACUCGCUGACAUCCUCCCAAAUGGGAGUGUACAAGACGCAUAUCCUGCUUGGGCUCGCGACAUUGACAGUUUCGGAGAUGACGGUCAGAGUGAUGCGGCAAGUUUAGCACCUCGCAAAUCCUUCAAACUCGCUCCGACGCCCGACCAAGGACAUUCGUCGCGUGCUCGAGUACCGGUGUACCCGGCCAGUCUACGGUCUGCAUCGCCAACUGAAUCUCAAAUUGCGAAACCUCUACCCCCACGACCGUCACUCAGGUCUGGCGAUGAGACAGUAUCCGGUGCAGAACAGCCCAUAGUCGAUGAGAUCGCAUCUGCAUUGCGUGAAUGGCACGCAUUAAUGUAUCAAUAUUUGGCGAGGCGAGACUAUAGGCUUUUCCAGAUCGUUCGCGAGCAUAUCGAAGCUCUACAUUUGGGUCGUCGACAACUAUUGGCGCAAACCCUCAGUGCGGAAGAAACUAUCAAUCUACGUCGACAGUGUGUUGCCAGACUCGUCUGCGCGAACAUUGUUCAAGGCCUAGACAUCAUUGUCCGCCAUCCGACAUGGGGAGGGUUGGUUAACGUCGACGUUGAAGGCGAGUUGGACCCGCGCAGCUGGGUUAGUGCUGUCAGAAUGUACGCCAUGCAAGCCUCAUUGGCAUACCUUGAGCCCACGUCACCCAACCCAUCGCAAAUUCUCACCCUUGGCUCAUUCCUAGAUCGAAGCUCUUCACAUAGCAACCCACGAACACGUUCGCUAUCCAGUACGGAUGCCUCCCGUGCUAAUCGGAACCCUCGCUCAAUGGGAUCUCUAUCUUCUCCUUCAGUACCGCCAGCACGUGCGAAGUUCUUCUACAUCUUCCUUGAUGUCCGAGCCUUCGUGGCAUCACCUUGUGCUCCUGGUGAAACUGCUGAACUGUUCUUCUCGCUCUACAACCCGAACGGUUCGCGAUUCGUUUCGGAGGAUUUCUGUGUGAUCUUGAACCACAAUGGUGUUCUUGCUCGAGAUCCUAAUGCACGAAUCCGUACACUGUUCACGGAUAUCGUUCAGUCGGAUGCUCAAGACCCCAUAUAUCUCGUUUGCCGUAUCGUUCGAAACGGUUCAAUGAAGAUGGGUAGUACUAUGGGAUCGAUACAAGAGGGUGGUAGGCGGGCAUCAGAGGCCUCAUACAGGGAAGUCAAUAGCAGCGGCGUUUGGUCUGAUCCUUACGAUACCAAUGCGAGUGGCCGCGGAUCGUCUUCGGAUACGUCACAGUUCAGGAGACCCUUUGGCUGCGCUGUAUUAGAGCUCACGCAAUUGAAGCAGAUGGUCGAAGAAGCACUCGAGGUGUCUUCUACUCGGGAGUACAACAUGCCUAUCUAUGUCCCGACUCAUGAAGCUACGUUCUCUAUGCUCCAUCAAGAUAUCCUCAACAAGAAUACCAAGGAAUAUGAGAAGUCGCCUAGAGCAGAGAGUAUUGCAGUCUCUGUCAAAAUAUUCUAUGGCGAUGCAGAUACCAUCAUCCGUGAAAAUACCUCAUUGUUACAAGAUACCCCUCUCAGUUUACGCCUUGGAUUCCCCGAUGUCGUCUUCCCAGGCGACGUCCGUAACGAACUUUACAUCAAACUAUGGAGCGGCGACUUUUCAUCUUCACAGACCAUCUCCGCUCGGCGUAGUAUGACCAACUUUGCUCGGGGUGGUACCGCUAGCAAUAACGUACAAGUUACUAUCGAAGUGCGGGACAGGGAUGGCCGCACGAUUGAGCGUCUCCUCACACAAUGCAGUGGAGAGCCAGAGAUGAAUCAGUUCAACUCGAUGGUGUUCCAGCGCACCAGUCAACCUACCUUCGGCGAACUCGUGAAAGUCAAACUCCCGUUUAAAGAUGCCCAACGCUUACAUCUCCUCUUCACAUUUCGCCAUCGAGGAGAUGGACGAUCAAGGUCGAUGAGUCGUGGUGCGGAAGCUCCCGAACGACCUUUCGCGUUCGCCUUUCUUCCGUUAUUUCCUGAUGGUCGUGCGUUCUUGGAAGAUGGAAGCCACACGUUGGCUCUAUACCAGGCUAAUAAACUUUCCCAACUUUCACCUGAUGCCUACUUGAAUGCUCCCGCGUGGAUUCCAGCUGGCCAGAAACCGGACGCGUUGUCCAUCCCUCCGGAAAUGCAGAAGUCAGCCCCGCUUCUAAAAGAUAGCCUCACCAUCCGAUCCUCCCUCUGCUCGACGAAGUUCACUCAGAACUUUGUGCUCCUCGGUCUGCUGAACUGGGAGAAUCUCGUGGACAAGGAAGUCCUUGGUACAAUCUUGACGACGUUCACCUUUGUAGGCGAAGUGGAGAUUGUACGAUUCUUGCAGGACAUCUUCGAUUCCCUAUUCGGCAUCCUUGUGUCGCGCCAUAAUUUGAGCGGCGAGAUGGAUCAUCUUGUGUUCAAUGCGCUGGUGACGGUCUUAGGAAUCGUUCAAGAUCGACGAUUCAGCAACUUCCAACCCGUGUUGGAUGUCUAUAUUGAGAGUCACUUCAACUGUCCUUCGGCCUCGUCCCACAUGAUCCACUCUAUGAAUCGCCUCCUCCGUGACCCCACAGCAAACGAGACUGCAUCGGCUUUGCGUGCAGCCUUGAAGGUGUGGCACUACAUCUUCAAGUUCAUCACUCGGUCUCGGGAGCUGCAGAAGCAGCAGGAUUUAGGCUUAGGUGGUGGACAUACUGCAGACCAAGCAGAACAAACUUUCAAGAGAGAGCUUCGUGGACACCUCGCCGAGGUGAAUGCCAUGAUGUCAGCCACGACUCCCGCAUCCAUCAUUGGUACACAGACGAUCGCAUUGCAACACUUCACAUCCAUCCUUCCUGAGCUCAACAAGGUCUUCUCGAUAGUCGAACUUGUCACGAUUGCGACCACGUUUGCUAACGCCAUUGUCUCAGUCAAGGGCAAGAUCGUCAUCUGGAAGUUGAUCAUGUAUCUCCAGAUUGUGAAGGGCUUCUUGUUUGAGAACCCGCAAUCUCGGGCGAUGCUGGUGGACAACGUACUGUUGUGGAUCAAGCCGCAUUUCGGUCGUUUCGACGAGUACACCCAGACACAGCUAGGUGAUUCCGAAGCAAUACGGGACGCUGCUAGGAUCGGUUGGCUGGAAAGCAUUCGACUUUCUAUGUCAGUCGUUGCAGUCAUGCUUGAUAAGCUCCAGCAGACUUUAGUCAAUCCAGAGGUUUUGGCCGACCGCACACUCCUGAUGAAAGAACAGGGUAAUAUUGAUCUCUUAUUAUCAGUUCUGCCUAGAGUACUGGAUUCCUAUCGCGAGUUCCAGAAUUCGGCUUCUUUGAAGGCCAUUGAGCGUACCCGGUCGAGUUCCACUUCCGCUGUUAAUAGUCCUCCCGUGACUUUCCCCGAGUCCUAUCCCUUUUCGUUAUUAUCAGAGUUGCCAAAGAAUAUGCCGGCUACUUCCCCUGAAUCGUCUGAGGUCCAGGUGCUUUACAGUCCGGGAUUGGGAGAGACUGCGAUGGUGUUCCUCGUUCUUGCGUUAUCCGCUUCCAAGAACCUCUUCCUGAGCUUCCUUGAGGGCGUAUGGGAUAUCGAAGGCAAGGAGAAAUUAAGUGCUCUGCUGUUGCAGAUCUUCAAAGUAGGCGCUUCGAUUAUCAACAAUGACGCAUUCCCCAGCAAUUGGCUCAAUGUCAACGUCCUUGCGCACAAAGUACUGAUCAAGAUAAUGGACCCCAUCGCUACCUUCCUCGAGCGCGAAUAUGUACCGCACGAGCAUUCAGGCGAACAAUUCGACGUAAACAUGUGGAGGGAAGCUUUCAACCUUCUCUUGAAACUCUUAUCGUCGCAACAUUUGGUGAUAGAAGAGUUCAGUCCUCAGAAACGAAGAGCUGUUUGGCGUCUUGCUGGUGACAUUAGAGGGGAGGGUGCAGCAAUCCUACUCAGACUUUGGAACGCUUUAGGCGGACCAUCUCAAGAAACUCAGGAAGGCCAACCUGUUGCGAGAUAUGGGCCACAGAGCAAACAGUUGGCCUUGAACUCGCUGGUUGGCCAUGUGGUUAAUCUUUGCUUAAGCCACCAUGACCAGCUCCGUUAUAACGCGGUACAUAUACUGUACUGCAUGAUUGUGUCGGAAUUCCAAGUCUCGGGCCACUUCGAUGAUAUCGAGAACGAGUUGGUCAGCAAGUUGGAUACGCUUUUUAUGUCCGACAGCAAGGGGGAUGAUAUCUCGCGUGCAUUCUUCAUUGGUCAUCUGCGGCAGCUUUUCGAAGCAUCUGAAGUCCAUGCGGAUUUGCGUACACGAGUGACCAAUUUCCUAGAUGCUGUCGACCUCUUCCUUGAACUGUUGCUGAGCGUUCGAGCACUGCCGGAGGGCGAGGAAUUUGCGGACGACCGCGUGAUUGCCACACUCCGCCUCAUGAAUUUCAUUCGGAGGAUUGGCCGUGAUGAAAUUUAUAUCAAAUAUGUGCAUCAACUUGUCAAUAUGCAUCUACAGUCCCAGAACUACGUUGAAGCGGCACUCACGUUGAAACUGCAUGCGGACCUCCACGAUUGGGAUCUCAAUACAUUCGCUCCUCCAAUGGAAGACCUCGGGUUGCCGCAGCAGUCUCAGUUCCACCGCAAGGAGACACUGUAUCUACUCAUCUUGGAUUAUCUUGGGAAGGGAAAGGCGUGGGAGAGCGCCAUCGAGAUUUGCAAAGAGCUUGCAUUCCAACAUGCCGAAGUGACGUUCAACUAUGCCAGACUUGCAGAGAUUUUACGGCACCAAGCAGCCCUUUUGGAACAUAUCAUUACUGAUCAACGCUACUACUCUGACUAUUUCCGUGUUGCUUUCUAUGGAAACUUCCCUCACGCCAUUCGAAGCAAACAAUUCAUCUAUCGCGGCUACGAGUGGGAGAAGUUUGGUGCAUUCUGUGAACGUAUGCUAAAUAAGCACCCUGGCGCCCAACUGCUGAAGACAAUGGGUGACCCCCCGAUCGAAAUUCGGUUCGGAAAUGACCAAUACAUUCAAUGUACUGCGGUGACCCCGGAGCCUAACCGUGAAUUGGCAAUAUUCACGAAUCCUGACGUUGCUUCCCAAAUUCGAAACUACUACGAACACUGUGCCAUUAACCUCUUCAGCUACUCUCGAUCCAUUAGCAAGCCAGGCCCCGAUGGCGUGGAGGAAGUUUGGAUAGAAAGAACGUAUUUGACCACAGAGGAGGCCUUCCCUACGGUGCUCCGGCGAUCUGAAGUUAUCGAUGUGGUGGUUGCAGAAAUCUCUCCUGUUGAGACCGCACUGCAAGAGGUGGAGCAGAGGACAAGAGAGCUCGGAGGCCUCAACAUGAGGUAUUCGGCACUUGCGAAGACGUCUCAAGUUGUGUCCACGACGCCCUUGUCUAUGGCUUUGAAUGCUGCUGUCGAUACGCCAAUUAACAGUGGUAUUUCGUUGUACCGAGAGACAUUCCUCAGUGGGGAUUAUAUGCUCAGGUAUCCGGAUCGAGCCGAGCAAGUGACUAAAUUACGCAAUGCCAUCGAUGAACAGGUCCGAAUGAUCGAUAGUUGUCUACGAUUGCAUGGUCAGCUCUGUCCACAACAGAUGUUACCAUUUCACAGUACUCUUGAGUCAUUCUUCCGAAAGAACUUCCACGAGGAAAUCCAACGCUUGGCCGUAGACUUCCAACAUGAUGCCAACUCAAUCAGUUCACAUCCAACGCAACAUACUAUCUUGCAGUCGUAUCCAUCGUCGUUGCAAGACCAGGUGUACGAACGUUCUAUGCAGGAUUCCUCGUCUGUCAACCGGCCAAACCUUGCGAUGGCCCCUCUUGACGUCACCCGUACGAUUAUGGACCCUGCACCGCUGUCACCAGAAUCCGUUCGUGAUAAUGUACAACAGCGUGCAAAUGGCGUCUUGUCCCCACAGACACAACAAUCCUUGCUUCAACGCCAUAUGGCCCAUUUGACUCGGCAUGGAUUCAACGGUGUUGCGUCAGGACCUCGAGAACGCGCUGGAAGCGAUACUUUCUCCGAAGGGUCUCCUCAUGAUUCUUUUGCAAAUGGCCAUGGUAUGCCUUUCCAUGUGAACUCUGGGGCUUCGAUAACCACAUCAACUAUGGGUAGCAUUGGCGGGUCUAUCAGGGGAAGGUUCUCUAAGUUUGGUAGCUUGAAUUUUGGCCGUCGGGACGGUUAAUCUCUGGAGGCUUCACUUUUGCAUAUCUUUAUGACUUUCGUGUUGUUAUCUCGGUCAUUGCUUAGACUUUUAUUUCGUUGGAUUCUUAUGUGUCUGGAGCGUUUAGUCUAAUGUUGUAUGAUGUAGCUACUCCUAAUGUAUCUUCAAACAUCAUGCUGAU